GCGGCAAUGGCUCCGCAUCUGACCUACCCGCCUCCACGCUCCCUUCGCAUGCCGUCUUCUCCGCAAUGCUGCCGGCUACAUAUAUGAAGGCGCCUUUUUGCGCAAGCAAACGCGAUCACUCCCAUACUCUUCGCCACCGAAGGUAUCGCCAAUAGUGUCAGGAUUGCCGUACCGACAAGUUGAUGGAUCCGAUCCGCUCGUCUUUCGCGUCUGAUUGACGUUGUUAGAUUUUUUUGCAGGAUUGGGAGGCGUCGAUGCCUUUUGUGAGGUCUUAGUCGGCUGGUGGAGUUGGUCGUAUGUCUUCUUUUGGGUCAUGGGUGCCCGAGCGGAGAAUGGGUCUCGGCUCGGGUAUGACAGUCGUUUUAUAUCCAUCGGAACUGACAUAUGCGUACAUGAUCACAUUCUAUGGGGUCGAAUCGAUGUGCAUAGACAAGCAAUCACGGUCGAAUCGACGGUGGUGGCGUUCUGGCGGCACAAACACGUUUGGUUUGACAAGGAGACGCGCAGAACUUCGCGACGCAAACAUCAAGCUAUUGCGACUACGCGGAUCGUGGUCUCUGGAUCAUUCUCACGUUUCCUGGCGUUUCCAAAAGCAAUCACCGCAAGCAUAUAUCUUGGGUCACACGCAAGGCUCCAGUGCUGCAACGCAACUCUCGCGAUGUACCCGCCUCCGGUUCCUCCCCCACGCCGCGCCCGACUGCGAACUCAGCCCAAAAGGGCGUACAACGUCGAGCGCAUGUAUCAUCAAGACGCCACACCGCCAUCGCCGUUUGAUUAUCCCUUCGCCACUCCUUUCGACCCUCCCAUCAAUGAUAGCGCCAUCCCAAGCAUCAGCCCGUCCAAGGACCCAGCCGCACUUCCGUCCCGCGCGAACGCACUCAGUCGACGCUGUACGGCACUCGCCAACAGUAUCAGCAAUCUCAAUGCGGUCAUCGAACCUCUCAAGUCGCUGAAGCCAGAAAGAAUCGCGAAGGAGCAUAUGGUCGACGUCUAUCAAGAAUCACAGAACGUCUGGUGGGCGGUUCUGGAAAUGGAAGCACAAAUGCAAGAGGUGGGAACCAUACUUGACGAGAUCGUGAAGCAGCAGGAGAAGGACAAGGACAACAAUGCGGGUUGGCCCUAUGAGGAGAGGACGAGAGAGCGCGGAUUUAGGUGGGGCUGAGCGAAAGAGGGUUCAAGGCGGUGGCUGAGUGCAGGGGCACUAUCGCGGGACUCAUGAUAAAGAUACCGUACCAACGGGCCUUUCUGAAUGCCCCGCCGGCGAAUUUCAUAGAAUGAAUAUGCGGUUUCUGGAG